CUUAUUUGCUCAGAUUUAACUGGGAUUUUGAAACCUGUGGGUUCAGAUCCCCACAGUUUGGAUAGGGGAUGGAAAGGGGUGAGGGAGGGUAUACCUUCACUAUGCAUUUGAAGUGAUUUGGAAAUUUACUUCGCCUCUGAAGUCUUUUCAUCUUUGUCUUCCCAAGAGGUGGAUUUAAAUUCAUUAAAGGGAUGUGAAAAGAAUGGAGACUGCUUAGGUGUUCAUUAACAAGCAGAGAUAGUAAAGCAUCGAUGUUGUGACUUUUUUCCCUGCCUUGUGGCCCUGCCUGUUAAUAAGGACUGGGCCUUUUUUAAGUUGUAUUGUUUUACUGGCAACGCACACAUAUCUUUUGACUUUGGAGGCUGUCUCACAUCGAAGGAAUUAAGUUAUGUCGUAGAGGAUUUAGCUGGUUUUGGCUGAGAGUAGUGAAAUGUCUGUCUACUAAGACAUGAAGACUUUGGCCACUAGUUUCAACCUUGGGAGCCUGGUGUUGGCCUUCCAUCUACCUUUGGUGGUGACUUCACCGAAAACACUGGCCAUCCCUAAGAAACUGCAAGAAGCUGUGGGGAAAGUCGUCGUCAAUGCCACAACCUGUACUGUCACCUGCGGCCUUGGCUAUAAGGAGGAGACCAUCUGUGAGGUGGGCCCCGAUGGAGUGAGAAGGAAGUGUGAGUCUCAGCGAUUGGAAUGUCUGACCAACUGGAUCUGUGGAAUGCUCCAUUUCACCAUUCUCAUUGGGAAGGAAUUCAAGCUGAGCUGCCUGAGUUCCGACAUCCUGGAGAUUGGGCAGGAAGCUUUCCGAUUCACCUGGAGACUUGCCCGGGGUAUCAUCUCAACUGACGAUGAAGUCUUCAAACCCUUCCGAGCCAGUUCCCACUUUAUAAAGUUUCGUUCCGCCCAGGAGUAUGAUUCUGGGACCUACCGGUGUGACGUCCAGCUGUUAAAAAACUUGAGGCUUGUCAAGAGGCUCUAUUUUGGGCUGAGGGUCCUUCCUCCUAACUUGGUGAACCUGGAUUUCCAUCAGUCCCUCACUGAGGAACAGAAGUUAGCCAAUGAGGGCCUGGAAGUGAAAAUGGACAACUCUUCCAGGCCCCAGCGCCCACCAUGGAAAGGGAAGGUGGCUAGAGCCGUGGGCAUGGGGAUUGCUGGUGGCAUGGCUGGCGGUGUGUUGGUGAGCAUCGCCCUGUGCCGUGGGCUGAGGGUGAUCCACAGCAGUGCCAGCCUUCAGCCCUUACAAGCCUUGCCGCCGAAGGGCUGGCUGCUCAGAAAGCCAAACUAGCUUUUCAGGAGAGUGUUCCGGGUGCCUGACCAUGGCUUAACAAUGAGGGAGGGCUUCCACUACCAAAGGGGUGGGUGGGGGAUGUGGAGUAGGGCAACAUCUGGGGUAGCUAUGGGCAGUGGUCUCUAACCAUGUCCCAGGUGGAUCUCUUUCGGAUCUGCCCUGCCCACUGGGUACCCAGGAAACCUGACUGCAGGCAUCUCCCUGCUCCCGAGAAGAGUUCUGUCUUGAAAGCUUGCAUUCAUUUCUGACAACCUGUAUGCCUCCCUACCUUGAUCUCCCUUCGGAGCAGUAUAACCGUGUAGAAGGAUAUAAGCUUUCCUAGUGAAAACUUUUUUUUUUCCUCUUCAAUAAAAAUAAUUCAUAGUA